AUGGUAGCCAAGGGCUGGCAGCAGCUCCGGGGGGCAGAGCCCUUUACACUUACCCCCGCAGGGGGGGGGAGCGGGGCCGGUGGGCGAGGGGCUAACCGCGGGGCUUCACCGCGCUCCGGCUGCUUCCAGGAGGAGGAGGAGGUGGUCCCGCUCAAGAAGGAGAAAACUCAUUUCACCGUCCGGCUGACGGAGAUGAAGGCCACUGACAAGGUGAAGCUGAUCAAGGAGGUGAAGAAUUUCGUGCCGGGAGUGAACCUCGUGCAGGCAAAGAAGCUGGUGGAGUCCCUUCCGCAGGAGAUCAAGGCGAACGCCUCCAAGGAGGAAGCAGAGAAGAUCAAAGCAGCGCUAGAGGCAGCAGGAGGGACUGUUGUUCUGGAGUAGUCCCGCCCUGGAGAGACUGGUGCUGCAGCUGCUGCCCAAGCCGGGCUCCGGACCCUUCCGAGUGCGUGUGGCACAGCGGGAGCUCGCUCCCAAAGAGUGCUGUGUGCUUUGGUGGAGCUGCUGCUUCCUGCCGUCACCAUGAACUCUACCUUAUAAAUAUAAAAAAAAAACUGUCAAAUGA